AUGAUAUGCAUUGCUCCUCACAUAUGUUAAUGUUAAAGAAAACUUUGUGUUCAAUGCCUUUUUGAACACAAAGUUGAGGUAAAAUAAGCAAUUCCAAUUAAUAUAUUUUAAGAUAGGGUUUUGGAAAAAUUAUAAUAAUUAAAGCCUGAUGGAAAUAAAUUAUUCGAAUAAUAGAUCUCGAAUUUUAAAUCCAUAAUCUCCCAAAGCUAAAGCAUGAUAGAGAAAAUUUUGAAAGAUUUUUAAGAAUCCAUAAUAUAAAUAUUUGAGAUGAUUAACUAAGAAGAUUAAACCUAUUAAUUAAUGAUUUAAAAUUGCAAUCCAGCGGAAUAAUCUUAUAAUAACUUGGAGUAAUUAGUUUAAAUAUUAGAAUGGAAUAGUCUAAAUGAUUGGAUUGCAUAAAAAGAUGAGAGUUUGAUGAAAUUGAAAAAGGUGCAACAAUGGCUGAACCAAGAUUUCAAGGAAUUUAUAGAACGAUUGAAAAUAAGUAUGAAAAAGAUGAUUUCAACAAUAAAGUAAGAAUUUAUUCACAAUCAAGAAUUUAGCCAAAUUAUAAAUGGAAAGAUGAUCUAUAUCAAGUAUUAGCUUAAUUAAAUGAUAUGGAUGAAACGUUAUACAGUGAACUAAUUAAAAAGCUAAGAGAAGAAAAAAUCACAAAUAGUCUAGAGUUUUUUUAGAAAUCUUGUCAUUAAAAAAAUAAAGAAUAAUCUAGCUUUAGGAAUCUCACUAGUGUUAUCAAAAACCUAAAGGAAAUUGAGUAUAAUAAGAAUAAUUACUUCAAAGAAUAAAAUGAAGAAAACAAGAAGGAUUUGAUUAAAAAAAUAGCAAAUGAAGAAAAAAUAGUGCAAUUUUUAAAAUUUAUAGUUAAACUGACUGCUAUUGAUGAAAAAUUUAUUUAAUGGGGAUCUAAUUUUCUCAAUUUAUUAGUAGAGAUGAAAGUGGACUUGAGCGAAUAAACCUUAGAAAAUAUUAGGAUUAGAGAUACUUUCUUAUUUGGAGCUAAUAUGGCAAGAUGCAAUUUGAAUGGAUCUAUUUUUGAAAAUGUAGAUAUUAGUGGAAUGAACUUGAAUGGAGCUUAGUUAUUUAAUUGUAAAUGGAAAAAUUUAAAAAUACUUGAACUAAAUAAAUUAGAUGGUCAUACUAGUAUAGUCUGGUGUGUUUGCUUCUCUCCUAAUGGGGGUACUUUAGCAUCUGGUAGUUAAGAUAAAUCUAUCCGUUUAUGGGAUGCGAAAACAGGAUAAUAAAAAGCCAAAUUAGGUGGUCAUAAAGGCUCUGUUAAUUCAGUAUGCUUCUCUCCUGAUAGUACUAUAUUAGCAUCCGGUAGUGAAGAUAAAUCUAUUAGAUUAUGGGAUGUUAAGACAGGAAAAUAAAAGGCAAAAUUAGAAGGUCAUAAUGAUUCUAUCAUUUCAGUUUGCUUUUCUCCUGAGGGUACUAUAUUAGCUUCUGGUAGCGAUGAUAACUCAAUUCGACUUUGGGAUGUUAAGACUGGACAAUAAUAAACUAAAUUAGAUGGUCAUACUCAUAAUGUUCACUCAGUAUGCUUUUCGCCUGAUGGCACUAUAUUAGCAUCUGGUAGUGGGGAUAGCUCAAUCCGCUUAUGGGAAGUCUAGACAGGAAAAUAAUAAGCUAAAUUAGAUGGACAUGCUCACUACGUCUAAUCAGUAUGCUUCUCACCUGAUGGAACUAUACUAGCAUCUGGCAGUAGGGAUAAUUCAAUAUGUUUAUGGGAAGUCAAGACAGGAAAAUAAUAAGCCAAAUUAAAUGGUCAUAGUAGAUCUGUAUUAUCUGUAUGCUUUUCACCUGCUGGUACUACUUUAGCUACUGGAAGCGAUGAUAACACUAUUCGUCUUUGGGGAAUUAAAACAGGACAAUUAAAAGCUGUAUUAAAUGGUCAUACUAAUACUGUAAAUUCAGUUUGUUUCUAACUUGAUGGUGCUAUAUUAGCAUCAAGUGGUGCAGAUAUGUCUAUCUAUUUAUGGGAUGUUGCGAUGGGAUAAUAAUAAUCUAAUUUAGAUUUUCAUAGCAAGUAUGUCCGAUCAGUAUGUUUCUCUCCUGAUAGUACUAUAUUAGCAUCCGGUAGUGAAGAUAAAUCUAUUAGAUUAUGGGAUGUUAAGACAGGAAAAUAAAAGGCAAAAUUAGAAGGUCAUAAUGAUUCUAUCAUUUCAGUUUGCUUUUCUCCUGAGGGUACUAUAUUAGCUUCUGGUAGCGAUGAUAACUCAAUUCGACUUUGGGAUGUUAAGACUGGACAAUAAUAAACUAAAUUAGAUGGUCAUACUCAUAAUGUUCACUCAGUAUGCUUUUCGCCUGAUGGCACUACAUUAGCAUCUGGUAGUGGGGAUAGCUCAAUCCGCUUAUGGGAAGUCAAGACAGGAAAAUAAUAAGCUAAAUUAGAUGGACACACUCAUUAUGUCUACUCAGUCUGCUUCUCACCUGAUGGAACUACAUUAGCAUCUGGUAGUGGAGAUAACUCAAUUCGUUUAUGGGAAGUUAAGACAGGAAAAUAAUAAGCCAAAUUAAAUGGUCAUACUCAUUAUGUCCACUCUGUAUGCUUCUCGCCUGAUGGUUCUAUAUUAGCAUCGGGUAGUUGGGAUAAUUCUAUUCGUUUAUGGUUAGUGUUGACAGGACAAUAAUAAGCCAAAUUAGAUGGUCAUAGUAGUCCUGUUUUAUCAGUUAUUUUCUCUCCUGAUGGUACUAAAAUUGCCUCUGGUAGUGCAGAUAAGUCUAUACGUUUAUGGAAUGCUAAGACAGGAGAAUAAAAUGCCAAAUUAGAUGGUCAUAAUUUUUGGAUCUUCUCAGUAUGCUUCACUUCUGAUAGCACGAAAUUAGCUUCGGGAAGCGCAGAUAGCAGUAUACGCGUAUGGGACGUUAAGUCAGAAGAACAAAAAGCUCUCUUAGAUAGUCGUGCAAUCAAAUAAUUAAUCUUCUCUCCUAAUUCUGAUAUCAUAUUGACAGAGAGUUAUGAUAAAUCCACUUAAUUGUGGGAGGUUAAUACAGGGAAAGAAAUUUUAAGAUCGGAUGAAAAUUACACAGAUGUUCUAGACUACUUUAAUAUCAAAUAAUAGAAUAAAAUUUUAGAUGUUACAACUAAUAUUUCUACUCUCCUUAUUUCUCAAUCAAUGAUAUUUUAGGCAUAAGGAGCUUUAAUCUUGAAAGGAUAAUUUAUAACUUAUUAAGGUGUUGACUUAUUACAAGUAUUAAGAUUUAAAGGUAGUAACAUUUUGGAACCCUAAAAUCGUACCUAAAAUUUAGAGAAUUAAUGA